CAAUCAAUCAAUUUAUCUUAUCAACAACACCAGCAACCGCCCCGAUUCUAUAUUCCUUUUGAGUUUCUUUAUUUUACCAAUUAUAUACCAGUAUGUCUCAUCAGGGCCAACCUGGUGCCCCUAGUGAUGAAGAGGGCAGAAGUCCAGGGUUCUGUUCAGCGACUUGCAACAACAGGGCGUGCCUGCAGGAGGCCAUCAGGUGCCAGGGAGUGAAGACCUCUGACUUGUUCCAUACCUGCAACCUGCCUCCACGGUUUGAGCAUCCACAUUGGUUCAAUGGGUACGGCUCUCAGGUUAACAAGCAGCACCCCUUCUACCGCACCACCUCCAGCGAAUACGGAUGGUACCCACCAGGCUACCACUCGGUGCCGUCGGUGUUCUUCCCCCAGGGCCAGAAGUUCUCUAACCACCUGGCGGCGUGCGGCAUGUACCGCAACUACAGCCUUAACACUGGAAUGGACACGCCCGCGCACAGCCUUACUUGCAAACUCACCUAGGUUAUUUAACACUAUUUGUAUCCUACUAAUAUUAUAAA